AGCCGGCGGAUGAAAAGUGGGCGGAACCUCUUUGGAAGUUGCCCGGCUUUUUUCGUUUGUUUUUUGUUUACAUUUUUGGCAGAUUGACACAUGUGCGUACUGCGUAUGAAGGUGGUGCGAAACACGAUAGAAAAUUUUUGCCUGAGCCAUGGGUGAUGAAGCGAUUGCAAACACCUCUUUAGCAAAAGAGAACGAUUUCAGUGCGACAGCAGUUGAUUUGUUCAAGUAUUUCAUAGGAUACUCAAAUGGAAUUCUGAACACUUUUGGCCUCAAGUUGCCUUAUGAAAGCAGACCAAAGAAGCUUUCGGAAAUCCAUGGCAUGAUAGGUCCAGGACUGGAAUUCAAUGUUCAGCAAAUAGAGAAAAACAUGCAACCUUCUAUGCUAGACGUUGACGGAGAAAUCCCAACGUUUAAAAUUGAUAUCCAAGGAGCUGCACAGCCAAAGGUCUUCCAAAGACCAAUGCAAGAGGACAUUGACUCACUUAAGUCUCUUAAAUGGGCCAACAGCCAUGUGAAGGAAAAGUACUACACAAUCCAGUACCAUGAAAAACUUUGGAUCAAGAGUAAUCCUCAGAGCAAGCAAACUGAUCUAGACUUGAACCCCUUUGGUGACUACAUCAUCCAUAUCAGGGUUCACAAGCCUUUCAAGAAUGAGCCGAAGGUUAAGAAGUCUUUAAAGCUGUCCACCCAAGAGGACGUGUUGGUUCUGUCCAGUCAGAAUUUGAGUGUCCUGAAAGACGUCAUUUGCUGUCCCAACGACUUCUCAACCUGUGGAGACAAAACUGACGAACCCUCGAGGAUUGAUAUGCUUUAUGCAAAGAACCUGUUUCCCUCUGGCUUCUUUUUCAUCGAGAACACAUUUUACAAUGAUACCAGGAAGACGACUAACCUUGACUACAGCAAAGUUAUUCGAGAAUGGGCUGCAAUGAAUCCUAAUUUUCCUCCAACUGACUUUAAAGUGGAUUCAAUGGAAAAUGUCACAUUCAGAGAGCUAAAGCUGAAAAUGGGUUACCCUUAUCUUUACAAGCAUCUCGGUGCUUGUGAGCAUAUCAUUACCUUCCUCAAUGCCAAACUGCUGAACAGGCCUGACAACUUGAACUCUAAAUACUACCCAAUGAGAAAGAUUCCAUUUGGCCAAGCAACCCAAAAACUUUGCAUCAUGUGUGGCUACUUCAAUGCCACUUGGGUGACUGUCGGCAACGAGUUUGUGCCUCAUGAUCCUGCUUUCUUUUGUGAACAUUGCUUCCACUCGUAUAACUUUGUUGAUGGAAAGCGAAUCUGCAACUUUACUAGCUACCCUCUAAUUGAUGGCAAGAAUUUCCCUAAGAACCUUGAGCCCAAGAUCACACCUGCGCCCCGUCCAGAGAACAAAGGGCAGGCGCACCCACUGCUCUUUACACCGAGAAACCUUCACAGGGAGCUUUUGGUUAACACUGAGUCAGUGUACCCCACCGCCGACGAACAAUGAUCUACUUUUCUUGAACACAUUUUUUAUUUUUAUAAAUAACUGAUCGCUGUAAACCUUAAAAAGGGUUAUGUAAGUGAUAAUAAAAAGGAAAUAAAGGCAGUGAGUCCCAAGU